AUGGCGACGACUGACUCGAUACCUCCAGAGCAUGACCUCAAAGGUCAGCGCAGGAGACCCUUCUCGACCUGGGUAAAGAAACUCACCAACUUCAAGUCUUCCGAUGGCGAGCGACAAAAAAGACAAAAGAAGCGCAGCCACAAGAAGAACAACCCAUACCCAGAAUCCGGUCAGGUCGGCAAUGGUGUAACCAACGGAACGAGUGCCUGUACCUUCACCACUAGCCAGACAGGCACAACUAGUACCAGUGUGAACCAGUCCGCCCGGACAUCUCGAGAAGACCAAGCACCACCAACAAUCGGAGGCAGGAGCUUGGCGGGCACAGUCUUGACAGAUCAUGAGGCUUCUCACUCAUUAAUGGCUCCCAGUCACAGGGCAAGCUCUGUAACUGGAACAAACCGUACCGUUGGUGGUGGUGUUGAAUCUAGGAGGGGGGGAGACAGUACAUUCUCAAGUCCAGCACCAUCAGUGCGAUCUUUGACAACAACUUUGACCACGAUUCAGUCUAUGGCACCCAACACUGGGCAAGCUCAUCACCAUGCCACGCAUAACCAAGGCAACACGCAGUCGAUUCAGUUCAGUCAACCGUUCCCUUCAACAGGAGCACCAGCAUCUGCUAUCCCAGCCCAUCUGGCACCCAGCGGCAAUCCAACGACAUACACAUCUGCAACGGCCAAUAAUCUUCUGACUGAUAAUGCAUCUAUCCUGACCUUAGCGUCGUCAAGCAAGCGUCGCCGCCGACGUUCUCUGGAUACAGAUGCAUCCGUCCGUGCUCUUGCUCCUUCGUCCCUUUGGGGCGGUAGUCGCGAAAGUUUGCCACUUAGUGUCUUGAGUGCAAACAUUGACCCAAUGGGCAUGCCACCCACUCCCGGUAUGCACAGCAGCUCUCGGAUUGGUCCAGAACGCACGAGUAUCUACUCAGCCACGGGUGUUGGACCUGCAAUCUCUGGUGAUCGCAAUAGUUACUACGCCAAACAGGGAGACGCUGCAAGUGUUCGAAGCGGGCUACUUGGUCAUGGGCGAGCUGAAAGCGUGAGCGGCAGCAUCGGUGGUCUGAGCAGUCCUCUGGUUACUCCACGAGAGGUUUUCAACGAGAAUAAUGAGAAUGAGAAAGAAGAAAGGGGAAAUAUCAACACAGCCCCAAGAACUAAGGAGGGAUGA